AUGGAGCCAGGAAACACCGCAAGAUUUGAGAGAAGACAUUCCGAACAACCAGAUCAUGAUGAUUCCCGUGAAGAAGUCCGCCAAUCGUACAAGACAGUUGUUCAAGAGAGGGAUGACCUAAGACGAUAUGUCAGUGAGCUUGAGGAACAAGUACUGCCUCGCUUCGAUGUGAAUGGCACAAACCUAGCUGAGAUAUUUGUUAUGCAAAAAAAUAAAUAUCUUGAGCGAGUGCUAUCUCUCGAAAGCGCUGCCGCCGAAGCCGAAGCUGCGCAGUCUUACGAAAUUCACAGGGCGCAGCGAGAGAGAACUGAGCUACAGCAUCAAUACGACGAUUUGUAUGAAAAAACAUUUGGACAGAAUGGAUAUAGGGACCGAUUAGAAAGUGCACAUGUUGCGCUCGAACUGGCGAAUGAUCCUCAACCUCCCGAUGUUGUGGAACUUGUCAGACAAUUAGCGCAUGCAAAGAAAGAGAGGGAUGAGUUUGAUCACGAGGCUCGUAGGUUGGGAGUGUGGGCCGAAGAGCUAAAGCUUAAUUGGAACGCUUCAAUGGACGAUGUUGAAAGAUCAAGGAAGCAAAAUGAAGAGUGGUCAAAUCUACAAGAUAGUUCGGUUGCUUUGCAGGAAGCCAACAAGGAGAUUGAACGAUUACGGGGAGUAAGGGAGAUUGAGGAUUCUUACCGCGUGGAGGCGUCAAAGCGAGAAGUUUCACGACUACAAGAAGAGAAGAUUGCGUGGGAAGAAGAUCGAACGACGUUAGAGAAUCGCGCUGCGGAGUUAUCGCUAACAAUAAGAACCCUGGAGGAUACGUUGGCUGCUGCAGAGGCUCAGAAAUCGUCUGAUGUAGAAAUGUCAGAUGUAGGCGAUCAAGAAUCGGUACACUCAUCAGGACCGGAGAUCCUCGGAGAUGCUGUCUGGAGGCAAUGGUCGGAGAGGCUAUGGAAUCACAUUCAAGCCAAGCCCCAAGCAGUAGAAGGUCUCUUCCAUCUAGCUGCAGCAAAUUUGUAUCGACCUGGGGGCGCACUACCAGAUGUAGACCCGGGGCCAGAGAGUCCACUCCAACAAUUCCCAGGUGUAACUUGGGUCAAAGAAUUGAUUGACCUAGUUUUUAAUCGACCAGUCGCUUUAUCCGUUGAAGAAAGUACUUGGAGAAAAUGGGCAAAUGAAAUAAAUGAUUUUGUUUUGGAUGUACCUCGUGAAAUUUCUGCAUUGUAUCAUUUAGCUGAAGAAGGACAACAAUUAGCAGGCGCAGAAUGGAUUCGUCAGCUCAUUGCAUUUGCUACCCAAUUACCUUCUCACUCGGAGCAUCCACGUACUCUUAAAGAAUAUCAGCUCAGCGCCGAGAUCAAAGAAGCUAGAGCCCGAAUCGAAGAGCUCGAAAGAGGGGAAGCAGAUAGAGAUGAAGCAGUUGGUCAUACUCAAUUUCUUAAUGCCACUAAUCUGGCACUCGAACAGGACCUUGAAAGAGCCAACAAGAUAGUCGCGGAUAAGGAGCAGGAGAUAGACGAAAUGACGGGUCGGUUUGAAGAUGAAAUAGAAGAGUUGAAUAGGACUCUCAAAAACUCAUAUGAGCAGAAAAAUGUUUUCAAAGGCUUAUACGAAAAAGAGAAGAAAGCUCGGGAGGAAAAUGAUGAAAUUAAAAAAUUGCAAAAGGAUCUUAAAAUGGCAUAUGAAAGGGGGAAUCAUUUUGUGCAGCUGUACGAGAGGGGAAAGGCACUUUCAGAUGAACAUGAGGAUGUCUGGAAGCAGAAGUUUGAUAAGGAAGUUAUGGGCGCAGAUAGGCAUGCAGCUGGUUUGGUCGAGGAAGCAGAGACAUUACAGGGAAGAUUAAAUGGAGCGCAUGGUGUCAUCGCCCAAUUAGAAAAUGAAGUCGCAAGAUUGCAAAGCCAACUCACUGAGAGGGACGCAGUCGGUAGCGGCUCGGGUCCAAGUAUAGCUGCUACUGCGCCCUCCGAAAGCCCUCAAAGUGCAUCCUCACAUCGCACUCUCUCAGACUCAAGUAAUAUUCUCUCAGAGGAAGAAGAAUCUGCAUCGGAGGAGCUCAAAGUCGCAAAGACAGAUCUCUAUAACACGCUUGAAGAAGUAGAAGAACUUAAGCUGAAGCUCGGAUUUGCAGAUCGUGCAUACAAGGAUAUGAAAGAGGAACUUGAGAGGAAAAUCAAGAUCGUUGAGGAUAAUGCGAAAGAGGAGGUUACGGAAAAGGAGAGAAUCGAGGAGAAAUUGAGAAUUGCGGAAGAGAGGUUGGAGAGGGAGAGGCUUUUAAACGCAGCGGUGGGAGAAAGGCCCUCAAAAGGAAAAGGAAGAAAAGCUGCACCCGGAGCACUGAAACCUAAACCCAAAGUACCAGAAGAGGAAGAGCUUGAGAGUCCUCCGAUCACACCGCUAGAGAGUCCAUUGGAGAGUCCGGACAUUUUGAUGAAGGACGAUCAUGAAUAUAUUGAUCCAAAGGGGAAAAAGAGGAAGGCUAAGAAUAAGAAGGUUCAAGCUGAUGAAGUAUCAGAAGCUGGAAGUGAGGGAGCGACGGGGACGAGAAGGAGUACGAGACAGACGAGGAAUAAGGAUCCGAUGUAUAAGCAGAAGCCUCUGGAAGUACUUUUGGGAAGGAGGAAGAGCUCAGCUGGGAAGAAGAGGAAGACUGAGGAGAAAUUCGAGGAGGGUGGAGUGGUUGAAGGGGAUGUAGGAAAUGAAGAGUUGAGUGAUGCUGAAGACCGGGAGAGGCAUAAAUUUAAGAGGAGGGGAAGUAAAAUGGUGUAA